UUUUUAUUCAUUACAAAUUGUUGGAGGUAUUGGUCCUACCAAGGCCUCCCUUCCACUUUAUUUGUUGAGGCUUGCACACUCUAUUUUACUCUCUCUUGGAUAUCUUUACUGUGGUAUAUAUCCUGAUCAAAUAUAUACCUAUUUUGAGUGGUUGACUUACCCACUUGGCUGGCCCCUCUGUGUUCUGUCCGCUGCAUACUCCAUUUGUCUUGGUCUUGCUUGUGACUUUCCUUUGUCUAAGAUGCAUGUGAGUGUCUUUUGUAUUGACCUCACCCGUGACUUCCUUGGCAGCCUAUUAAUAGUCUUUGCUUCUUCCUUGUGAGCCUCAGCCUGCGCAGAAAGCAUUCCAGAGAGAGCAGUGCUCCCUUCUUCUUCCUUUCCUUUGUGUGAGAGUGUAGAGAGGUCCUUUGUGGAGAGUAGAGAGUUGUGUGCUAUAGCCUCCUCUUAGUGUGGUGUGUGAGAGUGUGUGUUGAAAGACCUGAGCCGGAGACGGAUAUACGAUCCUUACAGUGGUAUCAGAGACGGAACCGCCGUCUGCCGCCGUCCGCCGCCGUCUGCCGCCGCCGUCAGCCACCGCCGUCGAUUGGAGCUCGCCGAAGGACUUGGAGCUGCCUGGUCGUUCACACGUUCUCGCCGUGGUCCCUGCUUGCUGAAAUCGAGCUCGCCGGAAGUGGAACCUCCGCCAUCGCUUUCUGGAACGCUCCGCCGCUGUGCACCGCCGUACACCACCGUACGUCGUCGUUCGAGGUUAUCGUUGGAGCUUCAUCCGCAGCUGGAGCAGUCGUGACCGGAGAAUCUCGCCGUCCGCCUGGAACCCAUCGCCGGAGGUUGGUUCCCAUCCUCGUCGCAGGGAAGCUCGUCGGAACUCGUUGCUGUAGCUAGACGCCGCAGGGAAGCUCGCCGCAGGGAAGUUGCCAGCCGGAAGUCAUCGCUGGAGUCGCCGGUCGCCUUGGUGCUCGCCGACCUCGUUCGUCGCUGGUUCGCAUCUGGAGAGGAAGACGAAGUACGAAGGGGGCUGGACGGGUGCACACCUUGGAGAUGGAGUGCUGACCUGCUGACUUUACAACUUACAAUUGGCUUUUGGGCCUUUUCUUUUGGGCCGCUGGAGCUGCUGGGUUGCUGACUAAUGGAGCUGGGAGCUGGGAGUUGGACUGCCGGGCUGAAGCUGCUGGACUUGGGCUGGAGCUGCUGACCUGGACUGGAGCUGCUGAACUCCAGUCAACCUCCGCCGGUCAACGCCGGUCAACGCCGGUCAACGCCGGUCAACCCCUCCAGAAAAAUCCCAAUUUUUAAAAAAUUGGGUAGGUAAGGUCGAAACGCUCUCCUAGGGUUUCGCGAAGGUAAGUUUUCUGUAAACUUCCCAUUUGUUACAUUCCGGUUUUAAUUUAAUUUAAUAUUUUUUUUCCCCUCCCCGCGGGCCGCCGGUUGAUUUAAUCCCGGCCGCCAACCCCCCAGGUACGUUUUCUAAACUCACUCCUUUGUGGUAGUUUGUUUUAGUUAAUUAAUUAAAUUGCUUUGUGUUAUUUAAUUUAAUUGUUAUGCGUAGGGGUGGUUUAUUGGGUGGUAGGGGUAGAAUUAAUUAAAUUUAAUUUUUCUGCCCGGAAUUGUUUAAUUGCCAAAAUGUCCAUUUUUUUGCUAUGUGUUGCAUGCUGCCCGGGGUUAUUAAAGUGAAUACUUUAUAGCCCGGGUUGGAUUAUUUUCUGUCAUUUCUGUCUGUUUAGCUUUGUGUUCCUUUUGUGGUUGAUACCAUGGCUGCGAAUCAGUAUGGUAUGCUUCCAUUUAAUGGAAAAACAGAUUUUGAUAUUUGGAAACAGAAAAUAAAGUGUGUUUUAAUACAGCAAAAAGUUUUCAGAGCUGUCACUGGUAUUUUCCUAGAAUCAGAAGAUAAGGCUAAGCAAAUUGAAAUGAAUGAAACUGCUUGUUCUACUAUUUACUUGAAUCUGUCUGAUUCUGUGCUUAGGAAAGUGGGUAUUCUUGAGUCCGCUAAGGAGUUGUGGGAGAAAUUGGAUAGUCUCUAUACUGAUACCUCUUUGCCCGGGAAGUUGUUCUUACUAGAGAAAUUCUUUAGGUUUAGGCUUGACCUGACUAAGGAUAUAGAUGAGAACCUGGAUGUGUUUAAUAAACUGAUACAAAAUAUCAAACAGGCAGGUGAUAAACACAUUGAUGAUUACACUCCCAUAGUUUUACUUAAUGCCAUUCCCGACUCUUAUAAUGAUGUUAAGUCCGCUAUUAAGUAUGGUAGGGAUGAGAUUUCGUUAGACAUUGUUGUGAAUGGGUUAAGGAGUAAGGAAUUAGACCUGAAGCAUGCUAGGGGUAGUGCUAGUCAGUCCAGGGACUCCGGUGAGGCUAUGUUUGUUAGGGGUAGAUCUAAGGGUAGGUCUAAGAAUCCUAAGCAAAAUAGUCAGGGUAAGAACGCUAGUCAGCCUGGGAGGAAGAGGAGUAAAUCUAGGAAGAGAGUGUGUUACAAUUGUGGUAACACUGGCCAUUUCAUUAAGGAUUGCCCCCACCCUAAGAAGACCGAGCAUGCUAGUGUAGCUGUUGAUAAAUGUGACCUUGGUGAUAUCUUGAUGGUUUGUGACCAUGUUAAUUCUGUGAGAAAUUCCCUGUCUGAGCAUGAAUGGUUGAUUGACUCUGGUUGUACCUAUCACAUGUCCCCCUUUAGAGAUUUGUUUUCUACAUAUGAAUUAUGUGAUAGUGGCUACGUUUCCUUAGCUGAUAAUAAGAGAUGCAAUGUGCUUGGUGUUGGUGAUAUAUGUCUGAAAUUUUCUUGUGGCUCUGUGUUUACCAUUAAGAAUGUGAGGCAUGUCCCUGAUUUGUGUCAUAACUUGUUAUCUGUUGCUGCUUUGGAGAGUAGUGGUUUACAGGGAAAAUGGGGGAAUGGUUGUAUGAAAAUCCUGAAAAACUCGCUUGUUUUGUUUAAAGCUGAGAAGGUGAAUAACCUUUAUGUGUGUCAUGCUAAACCUUUUGCCGAAUCUGUGAAUGUUGUAUGUUCUGAUAAGACCUCUUUGUGGCAUAAUAGGCUAGGACAUAUGAGCAAUAAGGGUUUAGAUGUCAUGCGUAGGGCUGGUUAUUUUGGUAAGGACUCUGUGACUUCUGUGCCUUUCUGUGAAUCUUGUGUGUUAGGCAAGCAGCAUAGAGUCAGCUUCCCUCCUUCCUCUUACCCUAAUCUGUCUAAGUGUUCGUCUGUGCUUGAAUAUGUUCAUGCCGAUGUUUGGGGUCCUGCCAGUGUUCCUACCCACGGGGGUAGGAAAUAUUUCCUUUCUAUUAUUGAUGACUUCUCUAGAAAGGUGUGGGUUUGCCUUUUAGAACACAAGUCUGAUGUGUUUGUGAGGUUUAGGGAGUGGAAAACCCUAGUUGAAAACCAGACUGGCAGGAAGGUUAAGACCCUUAGGACCGAUAAUGGGUUAGAGUUCUGUAAUAAGGAGAUGGAUAAGUUGUGUGUGGAUUGUGGGAUAAAAAGGCACAAAACUGUGCCUUAUACUCCCCAACAGAAUGGGAUAGCAGAGAGAAUGAAUAGGUCUCUGUUGGAUAAGGUUAGAAGCAUGUUAGCUACCUCUGGUUUGUCUAAGAAAUUCUGGGGUGAAGCAGUUACUACUGCUGCCUAUUUGGUUAAUAGGUCCCCGUCUGUCCCUCUUGGUGGUAAGUGUCCUGAAACCGUCUUUACCGGUAAGCCUCUUGAUCUGUCUAACCUUCGGGUGUUUGGUUGUGCAGCGUAUGCACAUCAACAGGGUGACAAGUUGGAUCCUAGGUCUAAGAAGUGUGUCUUCCUAGGUUAUCCAGAGGGGGUAAAGGGUUACAGGUUAUGGGAUAGGAACCAGGUAGGCUUUAAAGUGGUCCUUAGCAGAAAUGUGGUGUUUAAUGAAACUGAUUUUCCUUGCUUGACCGAGUCUGCUUCUAAUCCUGAGUCUAGGUCUGAUAGUACUCCUAGUGAGGUGGAGUCUGUCCCUGUUGCUGCUAGUCCUUUAUCUGUUGAUCCUGUUAUCUCUGAUGAUAUUGUUAUGCAUGAUUAUGAUUCCUCUGAGCAUGAUAGUCCCACCACCUCGAGUGAGGUGGAGCAUUUGCAUGACACUGAGCAUGAUUUGCAUGAUAUGGGUGCUGAAUCUGACUUUCAUGAUAACAAUAAUUUGCAUGAGUUGCAUGUGGAGCCUAGUAGUGAUAAUUUGCAUGAUUAUCAACUUGCUAGAGAUAGGAGUAGAAGGGCUAUCAGGAGAACUGCUGAUAGUAUGCCUGAUUAUGCUUUCAUUGUGCAUGAUACUUCUAUGUUUGCAUUUUCUGUGUUUGAAUCCCUAGAGCUGAAUGAACCCAAGACCUACCGUGAAGCCUUAGGUUCCAAAGAGUCUCAGAAAUGGAUUAGUGCCAUGAAAAGUGAGAUGGACUCUUUGAGAGUGAACCAGACUUGGACCCUUGUACCUAGACCUCCCAACUGUUCGGUAGUUGAGUGUAAGUGGUUGUUUAAGGUUAAGGAAGAACCUAGUGAUGUUAGGUUUAAGGCUAGGUUGGUUGCGAAGGGGUUUACUCAAAAAGAGGGGGUAGAUUAUGCAGAAAUCUUUGCUCCUGUUGUUAAAUUCACCACUAUUCGUAUGAUGCUUGCUUUAGUUGCUCACCAUGACUGGGAAAUGAAACAGAUGGAUGUAACUACUGCAUUUUUGCAUGGUGAAUUGGAUAAAACAAUUUAUAUGACCCAGCCUGAGGGCUUUGUGGAUCCCAAGAGAAGUGAGCAUGUCUGUUUGCUUAGGAAGGCUUUGUAUGGCCUGAAGCAAUCCCCUAGGCAGUGGAACAUCAAAUUUGAUAAAUGCAUGAUAUCUUUGAAGUUCCAGAAAUCUGUUUGUGAUCAUUGCCUGUAUUUCAAAAAUACUUCUUCUGUGCCUGUAUUUUUGUUACUCUAUGUGGAUGACAUGCUGAUAAUUAGUCCUUCUCUGAAUGCUAUUAAAGAUGUGCAGAAAUGUCUUUGUGCGAAUUUUGCCAUGAAAGACCUAGGUGAUGCCAAGAGGAUCCUAGGCAUAAACAUUGUUAGGGAUAGGAGUAAGCGUACUCUUACUUUGAAUCAGAUUUCUUACAUAGAAAAAGUUUUGAGUAAAUUUAAUAUGUUAUCUGCUUCUCCUGUUAAUGUCCCUAUGGCAUCUCACUUUGUGUUAAGUAAGGACCAGUCUCCCAAGACUGCUCCUGAAAUUGAGAAAAUGAAAUCUGUGCCUUAUUCCAGCGCAAUAGGGUCGGUGAUGUAUCUUAUGGUUAGCACUAGACCUGAUAUUGCAUAUGCGGUUAGUUGCUUGAGUAGAUAUAUGUCCAACCCUGGUUUGCCCCAUUGGAAUGCUCUUAAGUGGUUGCUUAGAUAUCUGAUUUCUACUGUGAAGCAUGGAUUAAUUUUCUCUAAAUGUGCUAGUGGUAUUGAAUUGAUUGGUUAUGUUGAUUCUAACUAUGCAAAUGAUAGAGAUAACAGGAAGUCGACCACUUCUUAUGUUUUUACUUUGUGUGGCUCUUGCAUUAGUUGGAAGUCUCAACUACAGCCUAUUGUGGCCCUUUCUACCACUGAGUCUGAGUAUGUUGCAGCCACAGAAGCGUUUAAGGAAGCCAUCUGGCUCAAACGCCUUGUCUCCGAAAUUGGGUUUCUCAAAAAGGGAGUUACCAUUUUCUCGGAUAGCCAAUCGGCUAUCCAACUUUGCAAAAAUCCUGUAUUUCAUGAUAGAACUAAGCAUAUUGAUGUUAGGUUCCAUUUCAUACGUGAUAUUGUUGAUGCAGGUGGAGUCAAGCUGUGCAAGAUCCCGUCGGAGUUUAACCCCGCGGAUAUGGGUACCAAGUGUCUUUCUGCUGAGAAGCACUUGUCCUGUAAACGCGUGUUAAACUUUGAUUGUGGAUAACUGUGGGUUGCCUAAUAAAGUGUUUGCCCGUUGUGUCUGUUGAUAUUCCGGGUGACCCGGCGAUGAUGAGUCUUAUCACAACUUUGUAUUGUUACUCUACACCACCUAGGACCAAUAAGGUGGAGAAUGUUGGAGGUAUUGGUCCUACCAAGGCCUCCCUUCCACUUUAUUUGUUGAGGCUUGCACACUCUAUUUUACUCUCUCUUGGAUAUCUUUACUGUGGUAUAUAUCCUGAUCAAAUAUAUACCUAUUUUGAGUGGUUGACUUACCCACUUGGCUGGCCCCUCUGUGUUCUGUCCGCUGCAUACUCCAUUUGUCUUGGUCUUGCUUGUGACUUUCCUUUGUCUAAGAUGCAUGUGAGUGUCUUUUGUAUUGACCUCACCCGUGACUUCCUUGGCAGCCUAUUAAUAGUCUUUGCUUCUUCCUUGUGAGCCUCAGCCUGCGCAGAAAGCAUUCCAGAGAGAGCAGUGCUCCCUUCUUCUUCCUUUCCUUUGUGUGAGAGUGUAGAGAGGUCCUUUGUGGAGAGUAGAGAGUUGUGUGCUAUAGCCUCCUCUUAGUGUGGUGUGUGAGAGUGUGUGUUGAAAGACCUGAGCCGGAGACGGAUAUACGAUCCUUACACAAAUUCUUAUGAUCUAUCCUUGCUUGAGCCACUUCACUCAAAUCGCCAAUCAUUGUAGCUCAUUUUUUACAUGUUUCUGACCACACUGCCGUACCCCUUGAAGCAUUUCACUACAAAAAAACACGGGAUUGGCGGGGAUUUUGGUAGGAAUUUGGCAGGGAUUUUGGCAGUGAUAUGCCAAAUCCGUGCCAAAAACACUUUGGCACGAGCUAUUUGGCACAAAAAAUCGGUAAGUCCGUGCCAAAUUUCGUGUCAAUCCCGUAAUUUUUUUGUAUCGUCUAAUCUAACGUUUGCCCAAUGUGAUCGAAGGCUUGAUUUCAAAGCAUAAACAAGACUGCAUGUACUAUAGUCGCCAUGGUAAAAUAUACUACGGGUAUUCAAUAAAAAAUGAAUGUAAAAUUAGGUAUGUAGCCACGUAGGGCAAUACAUGAAUAACAUGAUUCAUUUCUCUUCCAUUAUAUCUUAUGUAAAAUUAUUAUUUAUAUUUAGAUAUAUAGCAUUUUUGUAUAAAACUGUAUGCAAAAAAAAAAAAGAAUAAUACUCCGUACUACGUACUCCGUUCAACAUAACAUCGUUCACUUAAUAUUAAAUCAAGCUACACUGUACCAAGACUCAAAAAAUGCAAUCUAGGAUUAAAACAAGCUUUUUGGGUCAAAACGUAAAAACACACAGUAUUAGUGCAUUUUAAUUUAGUGUUAUUUGGAUUUAAAAAAUCGACUAAUAUAUUAUUCGCUAAUAGGAAUUAGGAACUAGUUGGAGGUAAAGCAAAUAAAGUUAGUCCUCUAGAGCGCACUACAAAAAACACUCGUUUAGUCACGGACCGUAGUCACGGAUUUGGUCCGUGACUAGCCUAGUCACGGACUAGUCACGAAAAUUUAAAAAAAAAAUUAGUCACGGAUUUGACCGUGACUACAGCCGUGACUACACGUAGUCACGGCUUUUUGUCCGUGACUAACAUCCUCCGAUUGCCGGUUUGUUUUUCCGACCUGGCUUGUUUUACUCCGGCGACAUAAUCACGGCCACAUCCGUGACUACAGCCGUGACUAAAUUUAAAAAUUAAUUUUGCAUAAAUCAAUCCGCAACGGUAUUAUGUACGGAUAAAUUUAGUCACGGCCAUGUCCGUGACUAUGUCCGUGACUACUUUGAUUAACACGUCAUUUACACGUCAUUAACACGGAUCGGACGCGUAAUGGACACGGUUUUGCUUAGUGACGGACAAAUCCGUGACUAAUUAAGUCCGUGACUACAUUUUUUAUAUAUGCAGGAGCAGCUCAUUCAUUCAACAGAACCACACGAAUUCAUUCCCAGUAUAUACAGUAUCUGUUUGAAAGAUCGAAGGAUGUAGUCUGUCUUCUAUCAUUUUCCCCAUUUAUGCAGUUAAGGUAUGUUAUUUGAAUUAUUAUUUUUAUUUAGAAUUAGUUGGUUCAAUUUAAAUUAUUAAAAUUAUUAAAUUAGUGAUGUUGUUAAUUAAUUAACAACAUAUUCAACUGUAAGCGUAGUAAUGUCAUAAAAUUAGUUAAACUGUUAGGUUUAUAAAAUAAUUUAAUUAAAAUUAGUUAGAUAAACGUAGUUUUAAACGUAGUGAUCUUUAUGUUAAGUGAAAUUAGUUAGUUAAACGUACGUUAGUAAUGUGUUAAUUAAGUGUAUUGUGAAUUGUUAUUGUAAUUGUGUAUUAUUUAUUAAUUCAAAUGACCUUAUAUACAUGUUCAAAUUAUUGGGUUUAAUUUGGUCAUAUUAUUUAAUUUAGUGAAUUGGAAUUGUUAAUUGUGUAGUACUAAUAACAUUAAAUGUCAUUAACGUAAUAAUUUAGUGUAGGUUUAAAUGUAGGUUUACAAAAAUAAUUUAAUUAAAAUUCGUUAGCUAAACGUAGGUUUAAACGUAGCUAGUGAUGUGUUAAUUAUGUUAUAUUAGUUAGCUAAACGUGUUUUUAAACGUAGUGAUGCAUUAAAAGAGGACGGAAUGAACUAGUUAAAUUUAGUUAAAUUUAACUAAAUGAAUUAGUUAAAUUUAGUUAAACGUAUGUUUAAUUUAAAUGUAGUGUUAAUAAAUUACUUAAAUUUUUUGUAAUAUUAGUUAAAUUUAAGUAUUAGGUAAUUACUUAUAUUUUGUGAAUUAUUGUUGUGAAUUGUGUGCAUUUCAUUUAAUUUAGUGAAAAUUAGUUAGUUGAUUAUUUAGUGAAUACUUUUGUUAGUAUUAUUGUUAGUAUUAUUGUUAGUAUUUGAACGUGUAUACUUUUUUAUUAUAAUAUUCAGGCAUAAUGUAUAAACAAAAUAGAAGUUGGAUGUAUGAUAAAGAUGCGGUAUUGUACGGAAUGCAAUCAAAUUUUCUCGAGUGAGUUGGGGAAUUUAUUGAAUUUGCACUUGAACAUCCGGCUUAUAUGAGUGGUGAUAAAAUAAGAUGUCCAUGUUCAAAGUGUAAAAAUCUCAAAUUUAAAGACCCACACGAAGUUGGGUAUGAUUUGUACGCGGUCGGUUUUGUUCCCAAUUAUUAUAAUUGGACUUCUCACGGCGAACCUUUGGAUCCAUCUGUUAUACCACAAACGGUAGGUUCGUCUCGUUACGUCCCUCCAGAGAUGAGUGCGUGGGGAGACCGUGCUGAAAUGAGGUGGGACCAACAAAUGGUAUAUGACGCAUACGGUGUACCGAUGUCUCAGUUCAACCCCCCACAACCACCUAACGACCCCCCUGAAGCCUCAACCUCGUAUCAACCAGAUGCGGAUGAAAAUCCGACAUUUUAUCAACCUUAUGUGGAUGAAGGUUUGGCUGAGAGAUUUCAGGAUGUUCUAAAAGCUGCCGACCAACCUCUGUAUGCUGAUUGUGAGGGAUACUCUCAGCUAUCCGCCGUUACUGAAUUCAUGAACAUAAAAGCCGAAUACAGUCUCCCUGAAACUUGCAUGAGUAGAGUCUUGCAGUCAGUAGGAGGGAUGCUACCGCGAGAUCAUACCCUUCCGGAUUCAUAUUACCACAUGAAGCAGUUAAUGUCUAAGUUGGGGCUACCUUGUGUUGAAAUUGAUGCGUGCCCGGAAGGGUGUAUGUUGUUCUGGAAGGAGGAUGAGGCACUUGAGUUCUGCAAGUUCUGUGGUGGAGACAGAUACAAACCUAUUCGUCAAGGUAAAAAGAAACCACGACAUAGGUCUGCACUGUCUAAACUGUAUUACCUCCCAAUAGCUCCUCGACUGCAGAGGAUGUACGCUUCGACUGCUACUGCGAAACACAUGACAUGGCAUGUUGAGCACGAAACCAACGAGGGUAUGAUGGCUCACCCUUCGGACUGUGAAGCCUGGAGACACUUUGACCGCUGUCAUCCUCAGUUUGCUAUGGAGCCACGAAAUGUGCGGCUGGGAUUGUGCUCAGAUGGAUUUGCUCCUUUUGGCAGGUUUGGCAAGAACUAUUCAUGUUGGCCGGUCAUGUUAACUCCUUACAAUCUCCCUCCCGACAUGUGCAUGAAAAGUCAUUUCAUAUUUUUGUCUUUAAUUUGUCCGGGUUCCAAGGAUCCUGGACGAAAGAUAGACAUUUAUCUCCAACCCCUUAUCGAGGAGAUGAAAGAACUGUGGGCCGUUGGGACACCAACUUAUGAUGUUUCAUCAGAUAAAAUGUUUAUCAUGAAAGCUGCCAUCAUUUGGACCAUUAGCGACUUCCCUGCCUAUGGCAUGCUUUCGGGAUGGAGCACACACGGUUUGAUGGGAUGUCCGAUAUGUAUGGAGAAAUCAGGUGCCAACUGGCUUAGUUACAGCAAAAAAGGAAGUUACUUUGAUUGUCACCGCAAGUUUCUCCCGGAAAGGCACCGAUAUCGAAAGGACAAGAAGUCUUUCAUUAGAGGCAGAGCGGUACGAGAGAGCCCACCCCCGAGAUUGACCGGUGAAGAAAUUUAUAACCGGGUUCAACGUUUUCCUACGGCUAUGGAAGAGCCAAACCAAGAGCCAUAUGGGUAUUGUGAUACCCAUAAGUGGACAAAGAGGAGCAUAUUCUGGGAGUUGCCUUAUUGGAAAGACCUUCUCAUCCGUCACAAUUUAGAUGUCAUGCACACUGAGAAGAACGUCUUUGACAAUAUAUUUAACACGGUGAUGGAUUUGAAAGGCAAAACUAAAGACGGUCUUGCAGCUAGGAAAGAUAUGACUAUUUGGUGUGAUAGACCCGAACUUUCUGUUGAUCUAGAAUAUCAGGGCAAGGAAGUUCCAAAAGCAGUCUACCAGGUCACAGAACCACAAAAGGCAGCAAUAUUACAAUGGCUUGCGUCUCAGAAGUUUCCAGAUGGCUACUGCUCCAACUUGUCUAGAUGCGUAGACAUGAACAAACUUACCACGACGACGAGCAUGAAAACUCACGAUGCUCAUGUAAUAAUGCAAAGACUUCUACCAAUUGCACUAAAAGAGAUGCUUCCUGAACACGUAUGGUCCUGCAUUACUGAAAUCAGUUUGUUGUUUCAAUCGAUAUGUUCCAGCGUUUUGGAUGCGGCAUCCCUCCGGAGACUACAAGAUUCUGUUCCCAUUCUGAUGUGUAAUCUAGAAAAAAUAAUGCCUCCAUCGUUUUUCGAUACAAUGGAACAUCUUAUAAUACAUCUUCCGUAUGAGGCUUUGACUGCUGGGUCCGUCUUCUAUCGCUGGAUGUACAGAUUUGAAAGGUUAGUAACAAUUUCAUUUAAAAAAAGAAUAUUUAUUUCACAAUAACUGUUAACAUGUGUACCGUUGUUAUAUUGCAUUAUUGCAGAUUUCUAGGAGAGCUGAAAAAGAAAGUGACCAACAAGGCACACGUUGAGGCUUCAAUUUGUCAAGCGUAUCUUCAACAAGAAAUCUCAACGUUCUCGUCUUUUUACUUCGAGCGUGACGUCAUCACCAGAAGGAAGAGACCUGCCCGGAACGAUGACAUUGGCGAGGAUUUAUAUGAAAAUGUAGUUUCCAUCUUCAAUUAUCCAGGCAGAGGUAAAGGUGCUGCGACACAACGAUACAUCGUGGGUGGGGAAUUGCAAAUUGCACAUACUUAUAUCCUCAUGAAUUGUCCAGAAAUCUCACCGUUUUAUCAUGAAUUCAGAGCUUCUUUAUCAGCCUUUCCUGAGAAUCAAAUUGAUGCAUUGAUCAAUAGUCGUGGGAUUGUCGACCCUUUGUUAGUAUCAUUAGCGUGGGGCCCUAGUGCCAGUGCCAAAGUGUGGCGGCAAUAUGUGAUAAACGGUUACACAUAUCACACAGCCGAUUACGGAGAGGGCCGACCAACAACGAACAGCGGGUUAUGUGUCCCGACCAUCGGUUAUGAUAACUUGGAAACCAAUUUUUUUGGUGUCCUGCAGGAGAUUCUGGAACUUGAGAUGCCUUCUUGUGCGAAAAAAUUGACAUGCGUUCUGUUCCAUUGCAAAUGGGUCGACCCCACACGUGGCGUGCGCAAAAAUCCGAAGUAUAAUAUGAUUGACGUCAACCAGUCUCGUGUGUACCCGAAAAAUGAGCCUUUCAUACUCGCCCAACAAGCAGCGCAGAUUUAUUAUGCAGAAUAUCCUUCAACAAGGAGGACACUGAAUCCUUGGGUGUGUGCAUGUCCUGUCCGUCCGAACAAAAUAAAAUCACAAACUCAACACAAGGACGUUGAUCUAGAUGCUUUUCAGCAACAAUUUUUCCAACCUCCGCCUAUUGUUGAGACGGUCAACUAUGACAUCCAAUUAAGUGAUCCAAAUGGCAGACGUGUUGAAGUCAUGCCAGAAACGCACCUUCCGGACCCAACCAUUCCAUCUGAGCGCGAAAUUGAGGAAAUGUAUGUAGCACAACAAAACGCUCAAUAUCAGGAAGAAGGUGAAUGGAUAGACGGUUCAGAUACAGAAGAAGAUACUGUAUAUGUAGAAAAUGACGAUUCUGAUAGCGAAUAAUUGUGCUGUUGUAAUUUCAAUUUUAUUGACUUCUAAUAUUUGUGCAGAUUUCUUCAUCAUUAUAUUACUCC